AUGUCCGCCAUGGUGGACUCUUACGCACCGCCGGCCGUACGUUUGCCACACAGGAAGCCUGUGCCUCCGACCGGCCUGCAACCCUUGACUCAGAUCGUCCCCAAUGAGCAGCGCAGUGCACACACCCGCACUCGCACCUCUUCAAGCUCCGUUUUCCCGCAGAUGCCGCAGCAGCCUGGUUCCAACUUCACCUACAACCCUCCUCAGUACCAGCCCGCCAUGACCCAAUACAACACCACCAACCAGACCCGCCGCACUCUCUCCAAUGCCACCACCUCCACCUCCUCGACCAGCACCAGCGCCGGCGCUGGCAACGCCCGCCGCAACUCUGACCUGCGCCGCUCGUCCUCGGGCCGCUCGACUGCCAGCCAAACGUCCUCCAGCUACGUCGCCUUGAUGCGUCGCCAGAAGGCGACGGUCUGGUGCGAUCGCUCCCAGUUUGAAGACCCACGGCUCCUCGCCCAGCAGCGUGCGGCCAAGAUGCGUGCUGCCAUGGAAGUCGUCGGUGGCCACACCAACAGCAGGACCUCGACCUCGUCGUCCGGCGUCGCUGCCGGCGUCCGCUCCAAGAUCAGGCACCACGGUGCACCCAAGGCAUCUCUCUACGCUCCUGCAACCCUCUCCGGAAACGGCGUCCCCAUGCGUUUGAGCGCCAGCGAAGUCGACGAAGGCGACAGCGACAACGACAGCAACGGCGUCAACAAUCUCCACAAUCGUAGCGGCAGCGGGCGCAGUUCCCUUGGUUCGGGGCGUAGGGUGUACUCUUACGUCGGUCCUUCCGGCGCUCGGAAUAGCACGAGCAGCACACCACCCAGCGGCCAGGGCAACAGCCCGACAGACAUGAUGGCAGGAGAGACGCCGAUGCAGGGCGGUUUCGCAAGAAGAACGAGUGAAUACUUCCCCAAACGCCAGGACACCGGCCUCUCCGCCGGUAGCGGCAGUUCUGGGGAACGCGAGAACAGUUUCGGAGGAUUGGGGCAAAUGCCGCAACACGAGCCGCAGGCGGCACAGACGCACAAGACGUCGGAUGAUUUGAGGCGGAGAGGAAGCGUCGACGACAGGACGAUGACGAUGAGCGGAGCCGUGAGGCUGUUCGUCGCCAACCCUGACGACGACAGCGAUUGA